UAGUAGACCUUACGUUUCGGCCCAGAAUCACCGGUGCACCAUGUCCACGAUCGCGCAUUUGUACUGGACUGCACUGACAGUGACACUCGAUUUGAGUCGCCACCCAGCGGAACAUCGCUGCAAUCCGCGGAGUGACUGUUCCGCGUGUACGGACGAGUGUACGGAGUCGGAUGGUAGCAGUUUGUCAGGAGUAUUGGUCGUCCGGUACGGAACAAAUCUUGAGUUGUUUACAAGGAGUCGAAUAGUUCGUCCGGCGCUGCAAGGAAACAUUAUUAUUACAUUGUAGUAUCGUCUGCAAUUCAAUGUGACGACUGUGACGGUUGAAUGGCGAUAAGAAAAUCAAACAUUGGGUCGGUGUAGCGGGUUCCCACCCGUCUAUUUUGAUUUUUGAAGCUGUUUACAAAGUAGUUGCGAACACUGACUAACUAACCGUUACUUGCUGCCGACGAGAUGGACGCAUACGAGGAAUCUUCAUUGUCAAGACUUCAGAAUCUGAAAGAUGACAUUGAUGCCGUUUUGUCCACGUUCGGAGGUGUCUUGGAGGAGCAGGAAAGGAUCAAGCGACCAUCCCUGCAGGAGAAAGAACGCCUUGCAACUCUGCGUCAGCAUCUCAAGGAAUCAACGUCUGGGAGCUUAACAACGCAGGCUGACCUCUUGGCUAGGUCUGUCAAGUAUCUGCCACCUCGAGAUCCAAAACAAUAUACAUUCUCUCCUGAUGACAUUACAACGUUCACACAAACCGUCACGGAGAAGCUGGAGGAGAUCAGCAGUGAAUUGGUCAGAACAGUGGAGGAAUCGGCAACGAAAAACAGGGAAGCAGAGAGAAGGAAUGCAGAAAUGGAAGUUGAGAAUGAAAACAACAAGGCUGAAGUCAAGAGGCUACACAAAAGGUUGCAGAAGGUUACUGAGGAGAUGAAUGUGUCGAAGGCGCUUGUUGAAACCAUGCGCAAACAAGUCGAGGAGAAGAACGAGAAGAUUGCAAGGAUGCUGCGUGAAAAGAACAUCCAGCUGUGGGAAAGAGAAAAGAGAUUGGUACUGAAAGAAGCCAACCAGCGUGAAGCCGCUCUGAGAGCUGAGCUCUCCGAGCUGAAAGAGAAGCACAGUGGUCUACUGGACCGUAGCAAGAACCGCCAUCAGAAAAUGACCGAGGAAGUAAAGCGGGAAAAGAUGCGUGCAGACCUCAAGAUUCGGCAAUCAUGUGAUGAGGAUGAUCCCAUCAUCAAAGCUGAGAAAGCCGAGCGUGAACUCUACAUCACCGAAAAGAGAUUGGCGGCUGCAUGCGAUGAGCUGAAGGCACAGCAGCAGGUGAUGGUGGGCCUGCUGAACGGUAUCAUAGUCGACUACUCCGUGGUGCAUUCCAAGUGGAGGGACGGGCACUCGCAUGUGCUCGGCGACACUUUAGGAGAGCUGUUGUCUGUGCUAUACGCAUCUGUUGCUGACGGUACAAUUGAUAGUGUGAGAGCAGACCUGGACAGUAGUUAUCAAGGACUGGCUCAGGACAUCACUGGAUUUUCACCGCAACUGCUCAAUUUGAUGAAGAGACGAGCAGAUUCAGGGGAGAACGUUAAGGAAACUGACGAUUCCCGUUUGCGCCUCAAGCCACUCACCACUAGAACUAGCGAACGGGACAUGUCCCGGAACACGAGCGACACGCAGCUCUCUCCGCGCUCGGAUGCACUGAAGCAUUCCAAGGACGUACGCCGGCUGUCGGCCACUGGCUCGCGUACGAGGAAAGCCGCUGGCGUGUCGUCUCCACCGGUGUUUGAAGUAACGGAAGCAAGUAGACAACAACAGCCCAGCGCGAAAGCAGGCGACGAGGCUGAUGGCCAACCCGCUCGCAGGGAUGUCAAGAGGACGCUGAGCUCAUCUUCUGUAACUACGCGCCGCUCAAAUCGAUCAGAUGGUAAUCCGGCCCUUGUCAACCCGGUCACUGGGCUGCCAAACAUAAAAGAAGCCGUCAACAUGUUUCCGGAAAUGAAUGACGCACAGGUCCGUGUUCACUUCUCUCGCUUCAUGACGUACGACAAGAAUGGUGACUAUACGCUAGACAGGGAAGAGGUUAAAGCUGCGUUGCAGGACGUUCGUGACAGUCAGGUCAGCGAUCGCGACUUUGAUGUUGCGUUUGGAGAGAUUGAUACCGAUGGAUCGGGAACACUGGAUUUCUAUGAGUAUCUUGUGCUCAACCGGACUUUGCUACAGAAUUCUGGUCAAUCUUCUCUCUUCAGGGAGACAAGGAGGCUGUCAAAUCGCGGGCAAAUUUCCAAGGCGUGUGUACUGCAAUAGCUGUAAAUCGCCCCGCAGAGCUUGAGGUCACUUGAUCAUUGACAUGGCUACACAGUGGAUCAGGAGGCUGCACCGGAACUGUCCGAGUGCACAUGCCAUAAUCCGUUGAAUAUUUGGCUGCUUUGCCCUCAGAUUGUGCUGGCCACGAGCAUAUAAUCCAUAUACUUAUUUUAAAGAAAUAUAAUUUUAACAGGUUGAUACUAUCCUGUCACAUGCAUACUUGAAUAUUUAGCUGCUUUGCGUGCAGAUUGUGCUGGUCACAAGCAUAUACAUGUAGUCCAUAUACUUACAUGUAUCUAAGAGAAAUAAUUAACAGGUUGACACUAUCCUGUCACAUGCAUCCUCGCCGCACAGAUGAUCUUGUCGGGAAUUGCGCCAUUGUAGAAUUGUAAGUCAUGCUACAGAGGACCAAAACCAACCAAA